GUAGAACGUGCGCGACUCUACUUCAAGCCUCACGCGGAAAUUAAUACUUAUUCUGCAAUUUUAUGUCACAGCCGUUUAUUCCGUUUAGUGAUGGGGUAUCUGGAGUAUAUUCUAGUGCACUAUAGAUGGGUGUUCGUGUGUUUGUUCCUUUUGCCGAUUUCGUUUUUUUAUAACAUUUGGACUUACUUUCGAAGUUGGGUAGUUUUUAAGUUGAGUAGUGCCCCCGGACAACAUAAGAAGAAGGUAGAAUAUGUCCAAAAGCAGAUCCUACAGUGGAAUAAAGAUGGACGCAAAACAAAAAUGUGUACUGCGCGACCGGGUUGGCAAACAAUGUCUUUCAGACGACCGCUGUACAAAAAACAGUUGACAAAAGUAGAAGUGAAUCUAGUAGAUGUUUUGGAAAUCGACAAAGAACGGAAGGUAGUUAAAGUUGAACCGUUGGUCUCUAUGGGUCAACUUACAGCAACGUUAAAUCCCCUAGGCUGGACCAUUCCAGUUUUGCCAGAAAUAGACGACUUAACGGUUGGCGGUUUGGUAAUGGGAACCGGCAUAGAGUCGUCCUCACACAUUUACGGUUUAUUCCAGCACAUCUGUAUCUCCUACGAACUGGUACUAUCUGACGGCAGAGUGGUAACCUGUAGUGCUGAUCAAGAAGCUGACUUAUUCUAUUCUGUGCCUUGGUCAUAUGGAACUUUAGGAAUUUUGACUGCUGUAGAGAUUCGCUUGAUUCCUGCUCAGAAGUACGUCAAACUAGAGUACGAGCCAGUACGAGGUCAGGAUAAUAUAGUAGAGAAAUUGAUUGAUGCCAGUAGUAACAAAUCAAACGAAUUUGUUGAGGUUUUGAUGUUUAGCGAGUCUGAAGCUAUCUUAAUGACUGGUAUACAAAUAGACAAACCUUUUUCAGCAAAAAUUAAUAAUAUUGGACGAUGGUACAAACCAUGGUUUUUUAAACAUGUAGAAGAAAAAUUAAAAUCAGACGAAAUAACCGCUGAGUGUAUUCCUUUAAGAGAUUAUUACCACAGACACACCAGAUCAAUAUUUUGGGAACUACAGGACAUAAUUCCAUUUGGCAACAACAUCGUCUUCAGAAUACUUUUAGGUUGGCUUGCCCCGCCAAAAAUAUCGUUACUAAAGCUAACUCAAACACAAGCUACUAAAAAGCUGUACGAAAAUCACCAUUUUAUCCAAGACAUGUUAGUACCUGUUCACAAUCUAAAAGAAUCUCUGGAUGUAAUUAACGAUUGUGUUAAAGUAUAUCCCAUAUGGUUGUGUCCUUUCAGUUUGCCGCACAAUCCUGGUAUGCUGAAUGCCAGAAUGGGAGCAAGUGAGCAACUGUAUGUCGACGUUGGGCUCUAUGGUACUCCUCAUGUAAAACACUUCAAUCCGAGGGAGAGCACGAGAAAAAUUGAAGAACACGUCAGGAACGUUAAUGGUUUUCAGAUGCUGUACGCCGACACAUAUAUGACCAAAGAAGAAUUCCGAAAAAUGUUUGACCACACCUUGUAUGAUAAAUUAAGAGAACAAUUAAACUGUGAAGAUGCAUUCCCUGAAAUAUAUGAUAAAGUAUCCAAACAAGCUAGAUAUUAAUAAAGCUAUUUUAAUU